UGCUUCGUAACACGUCUUCCUGCAGUCGACAAUUUACACACAAAGUCAUGUAUCACUAGGAGUCACACUUAAAAAUCCGUUGAAUAACUUGAAAAUCAAACAAAAGUAGCAGGAUGGGGUUCCUGAUGUCCAAAUCCAUGGACCAGAAUUUCAAGAAGCAGCAGGAGUUCAUGCUCCUUAACUCCCGACUCCAGCUUGAGCGUCAAAUCAUUCUGCAGACCCAGAUGAGAGAGAGGCAGAUGGCCAUGCAGAUCGCCUGGUCCAGGGAGUUCCUCAACUACUAUGGUGUUUUCUUCAGCCUCGCCACCCUGGGCUUCACAGUGGGAGCAGUGAGGAAGAGGAGGCCAGGCCUCUUCACCCCUGUCAUUCCCCUCAGCUUCAUUCUGGCCUACCAGGUGGACAUGGCCUACGGAACACUCAUGCACCGCAUCAGGGGUCAGGCGGAAGAUAUCAUGGUUGCAGAACACGACUGUUUGGACCUCCCCCAUGGGACGCCAACGUUUGAGAGCAUUGAAAAAGCCCGGCGGGCCCAGGCCCACCUCUUGAUUGAGAAGUGACCAUGAAACAGGUGCUGUCACCCCCCGGAAGUCUCCAUUUACCUCUCUUGAAAUGAGUGAUCUGCCUCAGCCUUGAUCAGGUCUUCUCCAUAGAUUUCUACAGCCAUGUUCACACAGAAGUAAAUGUCAGGUAGUUCAGUGACUACAACUCUGAUCUUAAAAUUACUAAUUUCUAGAGUGUACAUACAUAUAUCAGACUAGCUCCUCCCAUCUAUACCUUUAUAGCAUGAGUGGAAGGGGCUGGUGUGUGAAGGGGUAGGGUUUGAUUAUAAGGUCACAGACCUUAUACCAAUGGGGAAGAUGGACAAGGAAAAGAAAGGAACAAGGGGAGGAGCUACAAAUCUCAGAAGGGAAAGAGUGAGGAACUGUAACUCCUUCACUCUUGUGUGUCUGAUGAUUGUGAAGGAUAAUUAGUGCCUUGAUUUUUAUACAGAUCACACCCGCAAAGUUAAAAAAAGAAAACCAGCGUUCACUUUUUUAAAGCUGAUCUGUGUUCACAGUGAGGUGUGUAACUGCCUGGAGAAAUAGAAAUAGCCCCUUUUCAAGUUGGUUGUGGGCACCUGAAGCAUUGCAGGAUUUUUCCCUUAGAGAUAAGCAGGUUGCACUCCUAUUUAUUCUGUUUUGGGUCUGUCUGUGAUGCUGUGUGGACUGCAGAUGUCACGGAUGGACAUGAUGAUCAUGUUUCAGUCCAGAGUCUAAACCAACUGGUCUCCUGUGGGGUCCUGUAGUGCUGUGUGUAUGCAAGAUAAGUACACAGUAAAUGUGAGAUUAUCAUUAAA